AUGGUUACACAGUAUAAAUACAUCUGAUAACCAGCUGAACAUGAACACACGAGACACGGAAAAGCAGACAGUUGAAUUCUCUGUUAACUUCAACGGACCUUCUGACAAUGGCUAACAAACCUGGAGGAUGGAGUGACACAAUGGAUGCCACUGAGAAAAUUCAGAAUAUUUGUGAUCAGGUGAAGGUCCGAGUGGAGGAAAAGACCCAUGAGAACUAUCGGGAGUUCAAAGCAGUUAAAUACAUAUAUCAAAUUGUGAAAGGAGAAAACUACGUCAUCAAGGUUCAUGUUGGAGGAGAGGACUACGAUCAUCUGAAUCUCUUCCAAGCACUUCCAUGUGAUAGAGGAGAGAUUGUGCUUCAUGAUGUGCUGCAGCACAAAACCAAAGAUGACCCCCUCAUUCCUUUUAACUGAUCAAACAACUUGUCCCAACAGUUAAAAUAGGCUGCAUUCUCAUAUUAAAGUGCUCUGCUUCUUUAACCUGAAAUGAUUUGACAUUGAUUUUGAAUUUAUUGACACAAUAAAAAUAUUUGGUGUUGGGAAGCAUCAAGUUGAAUGCACA